AUGAGGAGGAGCUCAGUAAAGCGAGAACCGGUAGCGACCGGAGCUCGAGUCGGCAAAAGAGAAGCCUUUGAGUCGGAGAGGCCGAAGAUUGUGAAGACGGAAAAGCAGAGUAAGAGAGGAGCCCGAGUCGUCAAAAGAGAGGCCUUUGAGUCGGAGAGGCCGAAGAUUGUGAAGAAGGAAAAGCAGAGUAAGAGCGGAGCUGGCUCUGUUUGGCCUGAGGAGCCGCCGACUCAGGAGGUAGAACAAGGAGCCGCCGAUCGGAGGGCUUUGAGAUCUCAGUACCUCGCUCUUAUUCACGAGAUUAAAGAUUCGAAAGAUGAUUUAGCAACGAUUGAUUCUGAAAAAUUCAACCGUAUCAUCAAUGAAGUUGAGAAUUUGCAUCAAAAAGUGCAGAAGCCUAGAGAGCAAGUUGCAGAUGCGGAGGCGCUUUUGGACUUGGCUAAUAACUUGGUUUCGUCGGUGAAGUCUCAAUCUGCUCAUGGUGUUUCUCCAGCCGAGUUUGUUAAUGCCUUGAUCAAAGGAUUUGGGAACACUUCUUUAGGAAUCGAUGAAAAUACGCAAGUGUCUAUGAAGUGGAAGGACAUUGGUUUUGCUGUCUGCUCUCCUGUCAUGGUAACAUGUGGUUUCUCAACAAUGAUGGGUCCUAUGGAUAAUGAAUUGAAACAAAGGAAAAAGGCAUUGGUAUACAGAAGACGUACCAAGCCUGUUGGAGGUGUUAAGCCAGAGGAGGUUGAUGAAACAGAAACUGAAAAGAAAACUGAUACGGACAAUAACAUGGCAACCAUGUUCAACAUCUUGCGGAGAAACAAACGUGUCAAGGUUGAGAAUCUGGUGCUGAACAGGAGAUCAUUUGCACAGACAGUAGAGAAUCUGUUUGCGCUAUCGUUCUUGGUGAAAGACGGAAGAGUUGAGAUAGUUGUCGAGAACAAUGGUUCUCAUUUUGCCGUGCCAAGGAAUGGUCCUGCAGCGAGUCUGGUGAUGUCAGGGGAAGUGGUUUACAACCAUUUCGUAUUUAGAUAUGAUUACAAAGAUUGGGAGCCAAUGAGGGCAAUGGUGGCAGAGGGUGAGGAGCUGAUGCCACACAGGGAAACCAAAGUUGCUUCGUAUGCUUGUGGCUUUGCAUCAGAACAAGAUUCUCAGACAAGAAAGCGGUCAAGGAACAAAGGUUCGGUGAUAAAAAAGGAAAAGGUUGUAGAAGAUGAAGGCAACAAUGAAGACAGUAGAGAUGUUGGACUAUGCCGGAAAAGCAAGCUCAGGCGACUCACUUGUGAAGAUGGUUCGUGA